AUGAAAUCCGUUUGUAUCGCUCUCCUGGUGGCCUGUGUGCUGAUCUCUGUUGUCCACGGUCAGUGGCACGGAUCCUACGGGCGUGGAGGAUGGGGAGAUGAUUAUUAUGGAGGAUAUGGACUGGGUGGUGGAUACUAUGGGGGCGGCGGAUUGAUAUUAGGCGGACGGUUUGAUAAAUUGGGUGGCGGUCUCGGAGGGGGACUUCUCGGUACAAAGAGAUCCAUCAUGAAAUCUGUCUGUCUCGCUCUCCUGGUGGCCUGUGUGCUGAUCUCUGUUGUCCAUUGUCAGUGGCACGGAUCCUACGGGCGUGGAGGAUGGGGAGAUGACUAUUAUGGAGGAUAUGGACUGGGAGGCGGAUACUAUAGGGAUGGAUUGAUAGGAGGCGGACGAUUUGAUAGAUGGAGUGGCGGUUUCGGGGGCGGCCUUCUCGGUAUUGGACGUGGAGGCCUCAGACGAAGAACCUACUAG